GCAAGGGAAAAGAGCGUGCAGAAAUGUUCUCUGCAGCGGAACAAACCCUCCUCAUGGAGGUAUAUGAGGAUUACAGCCACAUAAUCCGAAAGAAGGGCAAUACUGCGGCAAUCAAUAAAGCGAGGGAUGUGGCGUGGCAGAAUAUUGCCGACAGGCUGAAUGCAAGCAAUCUCAGUAGCCAGAGGAGGACCGGCCACCAGGUCAAAAUCAAAUAUAAGAACAUUCUUAGCAAUGCCACCAGAAAGCAGACUGCAUCCAUGGGUACUGGUGGGGGACCGCCACCGGAGGAGCUCACACCAGCUGAGAUCCUGGCCCUUGGGAUAAAUAAGGGGCCCAAGAUAGUUGGGAUCGAGGGGGGGAGCUCCUCCAACCCUGUGGCCCCAGAGAUCCGGGCCCCAUAUGUUGAAGGUAUUGUCAAUCACUGCCCCUAUUCUGGUGACAGACCCUCAUUAGGGAUAACUAACUAUGCAGCUGUGUGUCUGAUAGUGACAGGGGAUCAAAUUAUUCUCCUUGACCCACCACAAGUGCACAUUGAGGAUGCAGCCGGGACCCAAGUCGACCCAGGAGAAGGCCCAAGCCAACAGCCACAUGAUGAUGAUGAUGAUGAUGAUGAUGACUAUGACGAUGAUGAAACGCUCACCGGUCGAGACAGUGAGCUCCAAGAUGAACCUAGGCCUUCCCCAGCUGGCAAGAGGACUACAUCUGCUGGACGAAGUGAAGACAUCCGUGCAAUUUAUAAGCGGUAUCUCCUCCAUGCAACGGAGUAUAAGAGGCUACAGAUUAAGAAGAUCAAACUUGAGAUCAGGAAGAUGGAAAAGGAUGUAAGUAUGAAUCCAAAUGCACAGCAAAAGAGGUCAUUGUACUGUAUUUAAUGUUCCAUUCUGUCUCCACAGCCUGACCUGCGUGACCCACCAACAUAACCAUUUUAUUUUCAAUGCCUCAAUUUCCUUUGAUUAUAUUUUGUUUGCUAAUUAGUUUAAUUUUGUAUUUAUUUGUGUCUUAAUU